AUGGCUUCAAAGGACGAUGAAUACGAUUACCUUUUCAAAAUUGUACUAAUUGGUGACUCCGGUGUCGGAAAGAGUAAUCUUCUUUCCAGGUUUACGCGGAAUGAGUUUAAUCUGGAAAGCAAAACAACAAUCGGUGUAGAAUUUGCUACUAGGAGUGUCAAAAUUGAUAAUAAGGUUAUUAAAGCUCAAAUUUGGGACACUGCUGGUCAGGAGCGUUAUCGUGCCAUUACCUCAGCUUACUACCGUGGUGCCGUUGGAGCCCUUCUGGUCUACGACAUUGCCAAAUAUUCUACCUACGAACACGUUCAUGUUUGGUUGAAGGAAUUGAAAGACAACGGUGACCGAAACAUCGUGACAAUGUUGGUGGGAAACAAGUGCGACUUGCGCCACCUUCGUACUGUUCCAACUCAAGAAGCCAAGGCCUUUGCAGAAAGCGCUCAGCUCCACUUUAUCGAAACAUCCGCACUGGAUUCCACUAACGUCGACGAGGCUUAUAUCUACCUUCUAAAGCAGAUCACGAAGCUCGUAGGGUCCCCAAAUGCCAAUAGCGAUAGUAACCUCCCAUUAGGUGGACGUCCAACAAUUCCAUUGCAGAACAGCAGUCAAGAGCCAAAGAAAGCCUGCUGUUCUGGAUUUUAA